UGCCGCGCGCUCCUGACUAAAUAUGGCAAAAAGGGGCCGCGCGCCCCCGUUUGAAUCCCCCAAACCCAGUUUUGCGCACCCACAUAUUUUUAAACUGACAUUAAUGAUUCGUGCCAAUAAGACUCAAGUUUAUAAAUGAGUUUUUCAGGCGCUUAACGGAUUAACAAUAUCUGCACAAGUCAACAUUACUGUCACGAGCACGAGGAAAGCCUUUUGUCCGCGAGCGAGUGACGGUGCAGGGAAACCCCACGUCCACGGUGACGUAACGUGUACAGUGACAGCGCGACGCCGCUGAAGGUGGAAAACAAAGCGCAGACGUGCUCGCGUGAAACUGUCAGACGAGUUGAGGCGAUAUUGAGGAGCCCGCGCCGCUGGUCGUUCGCGAUGCGUCACAGUUUGCGCCCCUUGAUUUCUGUCCUUUCCACGAGAGCCGUCGGCAUGACGACAUCCCGGGUUCACGGCGCAUCCGAUGCGCGAUGAAAUUAAUUACAUGCGCGUGUUAUUUCCACAGACAAGAUUUCUUCAUUGUUUACCUUUGGGUUGUUUUUAAAGUAUACGGAAACCCCAAUUAUGUACAUAACCUUACUGAAUUGUACUGUAGUAAAUAUUAAAACGUGUUUGUAUUUGUGAAUAGAUGCUUAUUUCGCACCUUGCGCUUUCGUUGUUGUUUUUCGCUGGUCACCAUCGCAACGGGAGGAGCGCGAGACAUCCGGAGCGACGCGCAGCGGGAGAAACUCUGAUAAUCGCUCGUUUCUUUUUUUAUAAGUAUGUUAUUCGUCGUAGGAUAACCGCGAAGAAAGAUUUAACCGGACUCUAUUAAAACUGAGGUACCCCGGAGCGACUCCCGCGCCCCAGAUGUCACGGAGUAAAUGAGUCUGGCGUCACUUUACCGGACGGCGGAUCGUUUCUGAAGAUUUACAACAAAAAAACUGGAAACCGUUAUUUGGAUAAUAGUGUCGCCGAGCGUUCUCUAGAAAGAAUCGUUCGCUCGCAACGCGCUCGUGGAUUUGAGUCUCAUGAAGUUCUCCAGAGCUCGCGCGUCGCUGCGUGGUGCCGCGCGUGUCGGGCGCGCGGCGGAAAGGUCAGUUUAAGCUCGAGACUACCCGCGGGACUGAGGCGAGACAGCGCGAGGAUGCCGGUGAGACGCGGACACGUCGCGCCGCAGAACACUUUCUUGGACACCAUCAUCAGAAAGUUCGAGAGUCAGAGCAGAAAAUUUGUCAUAGCCAACGCUCGAGUGGAGAACUGCGCCAUCAUCUUCUGUAACGAUGGCUUCUGUCACAUGUGCGGCUACACGCGCGCUGAGAUCAUGCAGAAGCCGUGCACCUGUAACUUUCUGUACGGGCCGCACACCAAGAGGCUGGCGAUCGCGCAGAUGGCGCAGGCGCUGCUGGGCUCUGAGGAGAGGAAGGUGGAGAUCGCACUCUACAGGAAGGACGGUGUGUGUUUUCUGUGUUUAGUGGAUGUGGUGCCGGUUAAGAAUGAAGAUGGCGUGGUGAUCAUGUUUAUCCUGAAUUUCGAGGUCAUGCCGGACGACACAUUUCACGAACCACAAGAUCUCAAUCACAAGCUGCCUCUUCUGUGGCGUCAUUCAAAUCGUGCUCGAGGGAUCCGUCUGCGUUUGCCUCUCCUAAACUCUCGGAACAACAGUAAAUCUUCUCUGCGGGAGGACCCCGAGGCCGGCCGGGGAACGGCUCUUCCCACCACCUCUCGACCAGAAAGCCACGAGUCUCUCGCUCUCAGUGAGCUGCUCUCUCUUCCAGAGCACGAGCGGUCUCGCCGGACCACCUCCACGGCGUGCACCCCGUCCUCUCUCCUGCCCGAGGACCAGCUUAACCUCCUGGGCAGUGAACCCGGCUCACCUCCGCCGGCCCCACCCCAUCCUACCACCCUGCCCCUGGGUCAUUCCUCCCCCCGCCCGCAGCGGCUCAACCCGGACGCCUCAGUGUCCAACUGCAGCCUGACGAACAGCCGGUCACGCGAGAGCUUUCACAGCAUGCGCCGCGCGUCUUCAGUGGACGACAUCCAGGCCAUGAGGCCUGAAUGGCACCGGAAGCACCGAACUCGCCCCACCAGUAGCAGCACAGGUGCAAUGAACAACAGGUCGAGCAUCUUAAACUCUACCUCCGACUCUGACCUCAUGCGUUACCGCGCCAUCAGUAAAAUCCCUCAGAUCACGCUCAACUUUGUGGAUUUUAAAGCGGACCCUCUCAUCGCCCUCCAGGCCGGAGAGAUGGACAUCCUCGCACCCUGCAAACUCAUCGACCGCACGCACAACGUCACAGAGAAAGUCACACAGGUGCUGUCGCUGGGCGCUGACGUUCUCCCCGAGUACAAGCUUCAGGCUCCUCGGAUACACAAGUGGACAGUUCUUCACUACAGUCCCUUCAAGGCGGUGUGGGAUUGGCUGAUCCUGCUGCUGGUCAUCUACACGGCUAUCCUGACGCCGUACUCCGCCGCUUUCCUGCUCAACAAUGAAGAAGAGGCGUCCAUGAGGGACUGUGGCUACUCCUGCAGUCCCCUCAAUGUGGUGGAUCUCAUCGUAGACAUCAUGUUCAUCAUCGACAUCGUCAUCAACUUCCGCACAACGUACGUCAAUGCCAACGAUGAGGUGGUCAGUCACCCGCUGCGGAUCGCUGUACAUUACUUCAAAGGCUGGUUCCUCAUCGACAUGGUGGCUGCCAUCCCCUUCGACCUGCUCAUAUACCGCAACAGUGAGGAAACUGAUACGACCACUCUCAUCGGGUUGCUGAAGACGGCUCGUCUCUUGCGUCUCGUCCGGGUGGCACGGAAACUGGACCGUUACUCGGAAUACGGUGCGGCCGUUCUCUUCCUGCUCAUGUGCACCUUUGCUCUGAUCGCUCAUUGGCUGGCUUGUAUCUGGUACGCCAUUGGAAAUGUUGAACAGAGCGGUUCUAUCGGCUGGCUGCAUUCGCUGGGUUUACAGUUAGACAAACCUUAUAACAAUACCAUCCAGGGAUCAGGACCCUCCAUAAAAGACAAAUAUGUGACGGCUUUAUACUUCACCUUCAGCAGUCUGACCAGCGUGGGCUUCGGAAAUGUGUCGCCAAACACCAACUCGGAAAAAAUCUUCUCCAUAUGUGUCAUGCUUAUAGGAUCGCUCAUGUAUGCCAGUAUCUUUGGGAACGUGUCGGCCAUCAUCCAGCGGCUAUAUUCUGGAACGGCUCGAUAUCACACACAGAUGCUGCGAGUGAGAGAAUUCAUCCGCUUCCAUCAGAUUCCCAACCCGCUGCGCCAGAGACUGGAGGAAUAUUUCCAACACGCCUGGUCCUACACCAACGGCAUCGACAUGAACGCUGUGCUGAAAGGUUUCCCGGAGUGUCUACAGGCUGAUAUCUGUCUUCAUCUGAACCGAACGCUACUGCAGAACUGUAAAGCGUUUAAAGGUUUCAGUAAAGGCUGUUUAAGAGCUUUGGCCAUGAAGUUUAAAACCACUCACGCCCCGCCUGGUGACACGCUGGUACACGCUGGUGACGUGAUCACUGCUCUCUACUUCAUCUCACGCGGAUCCAUCGAGAUCUUACGAGGAGAUGUUGUGGUGGCCAUAUUAGGGAAAAACGAUAUAUUCGGUGAGCCCCUCAACCUGUACGCUCGUCCGGGGAAGUCGAACGCUGAUGUUCGAGCUCUGACAUACUGCGACCUUCAUAAGAUCCACAGAGAGGAUGUGCUGGAGGUGCUGGACAUGUACCCGGAGUUCUCGGACUUCUUCUGGAGUAACCUUGAGAUCACCUUUAACCUCAGAGAUACAAACAUGAUUCCUGGAUCUCCCAGCAGUGAUGAUUCUGACUGCAUCGGCUUCAACAAACUCCGCAGGAGAAAACUUUCAUUCCGCCGCAGAACAGAGAAAGAUGAUGCUGAUGCGGGAGAGGUCAAGAAGAAUCCAAAACCAGUUCGCAGAAACCGGAAACAAGCUGCAAGUAACAAGAAUGAACUCAAACCGGGAUGGAAAGAGCAUCACAACUCAAUCUCCUCCCACUCCAGCGGUGAGGAGGAGGAGCCUGUGCACACAUGCCCCACCCCUCCAACAGUGCUCAUGGAGUCGUCUCAAGUACAGAGCACCUCAAUGAACUUUAAUGACGUGAGUGAGGGCGACACUGAUCCCAAAACAGGGAACACGUGUGACGCUCUGUCAGGUGCAUUCUCAGGUGUGUCUAAUAUCUUCAGUUUUUGGGGUGACAGCAGGGGCAGACAGUAUCAGGAACUGCCCCGCAGUAAUCUGUCCUCCCCCCCGCCGCAUCCCAGCACCCCCCUGCACAGCAUCAGCUGCCAGCAGCGCAGUCACAUGGAGAACAGACUGGAGCUCCUGCAGAAACAACUCAGCAGACUGGAGAACCGCAUGACGUCUGAUAUCGCUGCGAUCAUGCAGCUGCUGCAGAGACAGAUGACACUGGUUCCUCCUGCAUACAGCAGCGUGUCAUCUCUACCGCAGUCCCAGAGACUCCUACAGUCUGUCACACCGCUUCAGUCUGACACACUCGCUUCUCUCUCACAGUCGUGCGAGUCUCUGGGCAGCACCAUGGAGCUUCAUCCAUCACAGAGUCCUCUGCUCAGCCCGAGCGGAGCUCCUUGCACCGACUUCUCAAACCUGCUGGACGCUCAGCGCCGCUUCUCUCUACAGGAACCUCAGACGUCUGUGGACGCACCGACACCGCAGAAACACAUCUCUGAUCCUGGGAGCUAGAGAGAAAACUUCCUCCGUCACAUCUCAUCGUCUCUGUUCUGCACCGAGGAGCUUCAGAGAUACGCUGGAGGUUCGGCUCGAGCUGAGCUGGAGAUGUUACAGGACACGUCUGCAGUCGUCCAGUAUUGGAUAUCCACAAACAAUUGAUAAUGACGCAUAACACCUUUCCAAGUAGCCAUUAUGUCUUGCACUGAAUUUUCCUGAUUCUUAUUCUGCUUCUGCUGCGCUUCCAAAACAAAGAACCGACAGAACUUGUUAGUGUUAGCUGGCCUAACAGAAGAAAACAAUAAUGACCUGAUGUGUUCUGUCUGUCUCUCAUGUCAUUACCUUCAUCUGCAGUGGAUCCGUGACGAAGGCGGAGCUUAAGCUCUCUGGAUUGGCUGGAUUGCAGUGGGUGGGGCUGUUUAAAGCAAUGCCAUUACUGAGAAAGCAUAUCAAAAUGACAUGUACAGACACCGAGCGAUGGAGAGAGCACUGAGUGUGAAUCCACACGUCAUCUUCUCCUAGAUUUGGGUUAAAGUUUCCACUUACAUGUCAGAACAUAUUUGCUUUAGCAAUACUGAAUCCUUUAAAUCACGACCAAGAGAAAAACCAAAUAUAGCAGAUUGGAGGAUCAAAUACAAAAAUAUAUAUUUUGCAUUGUAAACUCCAACCUCAAACACUUUAUUAAACUUUGUUUGGUUUAUUUUAGUAGUCGGGUGACGUGUGGACCAAUGAAAAAAAAAGAAAUGUUUAAGAAAUUUUAAAGCAUGUGAUUAUAAACAUACGCUUCCUUUUAUUUGAUAAAACGACUAUUAUUAUAUUAAAUAUGACCGUAAUAUUCUUAAGGGAAGGGAAGACAUGUUAGCAUGAGAAGUCCAUCAUAUGAGUUUCUUGUUUAUUAUUGGCAGGCGUCCGUACAUGAGAAAUACUGACAGAGAUUGUAUUAUUCUGCCUUUAAAGCUCAAAUUUCAUGCUUCUAAUUAUGUUUGUUUAUUUGGAUACCAAAUAUUAUCUGUAAUUAUAUUUUACAGGCCCGGUUUCACAGACAAGGCUUAACCUAAACCAGGACUAUUUCUGAGGAUAUUUAAGUCGCUUUUAUUAAAAAGCUUUAGAAAGAAACACAACCUGUGAGAUUUUUAGACGAAGCAAUGGCACUGACAUAUUUUACGAUAAGUUUGGACAGGUUCUUUUCAGUUGAAACAGCUAAAACAUUCCUUUAAAGCUGGGACUAGCGUCUGUGAAACCGGGCCACAGAGUUUUAACCGUAAGAAAGACAAAUUCAAGUAUCAUUUAAAGUUUUGAUGUGUGGUUAAGUUACCGAUCAAAGCAUCACUACAUUAUUUUACUUUGCUCAAUGCAGAAAUUUGCACAUAUUUAUUUACUUCAUAUAUUGAUAUUAUUUUUUAUUGAGUGUCUUUGUGAUGUCUCAGCAGUUUUUCAUGUGUUCAGUCAGGGGUCUGAUGGCUCUGGUUUUCUAAAGGUUUUGAUCCUGCCGGUGUCGGUUUAGAAACUGGUAAAAGAGUCCAUCCAGUGUGGAGGCUGUAGUUUAUCCUGGUAUUCCUCACAUGCUGUUUUUUGCAUACUGAUGUUUCGGACACAUCAUUUGACAGACUGAUCUUCACACGCUAUAUAGUAUAGAAGUGUGUCAUUUUCUGUUUGGUGGUGCAGAAAUGAAACACUUCCCCUUUAAGUUCACAAAGAUCUUGUGCACUUACACACGUUUAUUCCAGUGGAUAUUCCAGAAAUAUCUUUCAAUAAUCUCAGACCCAUUGGAUUUUUGCACAAUUGGAUCAGCAGUUUUAAAUCACCCUAUAUAAUAAUAAUGUUUUACAGUGAGGUCUACAACACUUUGUUAACAUUAGAGCCGGCAGGGAGUUGGAGGGUUUCACUGAUGGUACACUUUAAACUUUUCACUUUAACCAAAUCAAAAUUACACAAAUAUUACAUUUUUUAAUGAUGAUGCUUAUUUUUAGACCAGGGUUGAAGUGGUACACCUGGACAUUUUUAGUCCCAUUAUAUUCACUGUAUUUAAUUGUUUGAUUUGCAUAAAACAAAUGCCAUGAAAACCCUUUUUAAACAAUGAUUUGUUUUGUAUGAAAGAAUUCUUUUAGGGUGAAAUUUGGCACAAGUUUGUGACAGGUUUUGUGAGGUUCACUAAAUAUUUCUCUGGGUUUUAAAACAUGACAGAUGAUGAAAAAAACAACCACGUUACAUCAGUAUAUUAUUAGUUCAUGUGGAUUGAAAUCUUAAUCCAUGUUAGUGUGUCCGGCAUCUCAACACUGAACAGAACAGAUUUAUUAUUAAUGACCAGACACAAAUCAUUCAGAUGGUCUCAUCUGCCUUACAAAUAGAACUACAAAAACUGAGACUCUCCACAGACUCACCUUAAUUUUCAUGUCUUCACUGAAAUUAUGUUGUGUGUAAUAGUUUGUGUCUGUCUCUUGUUGUUGUCCCCCUCUCGUGUGUAUUUCUUUUGACUUCUGUGUUUGGUGUUAGGCAGUGCACUUUACACACUGGAGCAAACCUCUUGAUCUCAUGUCUUUAUACAGGGAUUUCAAGCCAAGGGCACAUUCGCCGUCACCUACAAACACAGAUGAUGUAAAACAGGCCAAACACACAAAUCCAUAUGAACUCAAAAUGAACAUUUCAAAUGAAGGACGUCCUGUAUGUGUACAUAUUAAUUUAUUUUGGUAACUCGUUUACACUGGAUUGCUAUUUUUCUCCUUCCCAGUUUUACUGUAGAUAAGAAAAUAUUUUACAGAUCUGAAGUCUUGGCAUCCCUAUAGCCUACACUAUGCAGAAACGCAUUUCUAUGGCAUGCUUGGAAAUGCAGAAAAAAACUGUAGAGAAAAUAUAAAUGUUUGACUUUUCUUUUUUUUAAUAAACAUGUGAAUAACCCUGCUAAUAAUGAUGUAAUGAUAUGAAUUAUUCUAUAAUAUAUAAUGACAACAACAAAGACAAAUGUAACUUGUGCACAUUUUAUCUGCAUGCUGCACGAGGUUUUUCAGCGGUUUGUAUGGUUGCAGACGGACGGCUGCUGUGACUUAGAGAAUGUGUAGACUGACACACUGUAUUUCUGGGUCACCUGAGAUUGAUUUAAUGCUCUUCCGGGUCGUGGAGGAAUUGGACAUUGUGACAUAAAACACUGCUGUUACAUUACUGACAAGGUUUGACUGAUGUGAUGAUGUCAGAGUGAAUUCUUACAGACUUCAGAAAAGCUCAAUUCCAGGUGUUGAUUGUGUGCUAGCAUUAUAAACGACUGACUUUAUAACAUUUCAAAUAUUUAUUUCAAUAAAACUCUUUGAAAACAACUCAA